AUGGAUUACGAUUUCUCAAACAAAGUAGUGCUAGUAACUGGCGCGAGUGCCGGUAUAGGUGAGGCUAUAGCUCUCCUGUUCGCUAAACUUGGCGCGAAGCUGUCGCUGGUGGGAAGAAAUGAAGCCAACUUGCGAGCAGUCGCAGCCGAGUGUGAGAAGCAGAAGGGCGUGAAGCCGCUGGCGAUCGUCGCGGACCUGGGGACCAAUGAGGGUGUCGAAAAGACUGCUAAGGAUACUCUCGAACAUUUCGGACGACUGGACAUCCUCGUGAACAACGCAGCCAUUGGUGUCUUCACAUGGCUUCUGCACGAGACAGACAUGCAGAUGUUCGACGAUGUGUUCAGGAUCAACGUGAGGGGAGUGUACUACCUCACUAAGCUACUGGCCCCCGCCCUCGUCGAGACCAAGGGCAAUAUUGUCAACAUCUCCAGUAUUGUGGCCACCAUGGUAUCUGUGGGCAGUCUGCCAUACGGCAUGACAAAGGCUGCUCUAGACCACUUCACCCGUCUGAUAUCUCUGGAGCUGGCUCCUAAGGGUGUCCGAGUCAACACAGUCAGUCCUGGAGUUACUGUAUCAGAAUUCGUGAAGCGCAUCACAGGCCAAUCAGAGGAAGAGUACAGAGCAUGGUUGGCAUCGUUUAGUCAUAAGAUCCCCCUGGGAGAACCGUGCGUGGGAGCUGACAUAGCUCGCAUGGUGGUCCACCUCGCCAGCGACCACAGCAGGCUGGUCACAGGGACCGUUAUCGAGGUAGACGGCGGCUACAGGUUCAACAACUCGGUACACACUCCGGCGUUGGACAAGUAA